AUGCUGCCACCGGGAAAUAACUCCUCCUCUUCUGGCUGGUCAGUGUUGGUGGGCGGCGUGUCCGGGUCCGGGUCCGGGUCCGGUCCGGAGGCGGUGAUCGUGCCGCUGGUGUUCGGGCUGAUCUUCGUGGUGGGGCUGGUGGGGAACUCUCUGGUGCUGGUGGUGAUCGGGAGGGUGAGGUCUGUGAGGGCGGGGGGAGGAGGGGGAGGAGGAGGUGGCACGCGUGCCAGCGGCAGCAGCGCCACCAACAUCUUCAUCGUGAACCUGAGCGCGGCGGACCUGAGCUUCCUGUUGUUCUGCGUGCCCUUCCAGGCCACCAUCUACUCGCUGCCGGACUGGGUGUUCGGCGCGUUCCUCUGCAGCUUCGCGCACUUCUUCUCCAGCGUCAGCAUGUUGGUCAGCGUCUUCACGCUCGUCGCCAUGUCCGUGGACCGCUACAUCGCCGUGGUGCGCGCCAGGAAAGCCGCGUGCGUCCGGAGCCGCAGGAACGCGCUGGCCGGAGUGUGCGUCAUCUGGACUCUGUCGGUGCUGUGUUCGGUUCCGGUGGCUCAGCACCAGCACCUGACCUCUCACCCCGCCGCUCCCAACAGCAGCUUCUGUUGGGAGCGCUGGUCCGGAGCGUCCCGGCGCGCGUACCGGGUCAGCGUCCUGCUGCUGGGAUACCUGCUGCCGCUGCUGCUUAUCAGCUGCUGCUACUGCAAGGUUUUGUUUCAUCUCCAUAAAAAGAUGAAGAACAUGUCAAAGAGGUCUGAGCGCUCCAAGAGAAAGACGGCUCAGACGGUUCUGCUGGUGGUCACCGCCUUUGCCCUCUGCUGGAUGCCUCACCACAUCAUCGCCAUGUGGGUGGAGUUUGGGACGUUUCCUCUGAACGACGCCUCGUUCGCCCUCCGUAUCGUCGCUCACUGUCUCUCGUAUGGAAACUCGUGCGUGAAUCCCGUCCUCUACGCCUUCCUGUCCGAGAACUUCCGGAAAGCCUGUCGUCAGGUCUUUCCGUGUCACUUCCUGCACCCGCCGUCGCCUCAGGGCGCAGCUGUGCGAUUCCGCAUGGACAAUUUCUCCAGCACACACUCCACCACCAACAUCUGAGGGGACAGCAGGGGACAGCAGGGGACAGCAGCAGGGGACACACCACACGUGUGAGAGGAUACACGUGAGUGGACACCUGUGAUUGACAGCUGCUGUCAGCCAAUAGGAGCCAGGUUAAAGGGGAUGAUGUCACUUCCUGUGGACAUUAAACAUCGUCUUCAGAAGCAGCAACUGUUUGUUUAUCAUGAAAUAAAG